CGUAAACAUCAUAGUAUGGUUGCUCCGAAAAUAACCACAAAAUUAAAUAUAAAGAACCUAAUUUUUCACAAUCACAUCGUUUCUAAGUGUUAAACUAAGUGACACAGAGUGUUGGAAGUCAUCUUCGCGGUCUAAAUACUGGAAUUCACAUCAUUUUGAGAAGAAAACCGAAGUAAUUUUGAGGUUGGAAUUUGAUCUCAAGAAAUUCAUUCGAUUACAAUGUUGGCACUAUUGAUCUGUCAAACAAAGUGACGUGACAACUGACAAUGACGGCUACUAGUAAAGUUUAGUGUUGCCAUUGUGAAUAUCCUAAUCCCUACCAAUUACUACUAAAUUACGUUCUAUCAUACGCAGAAAAAUGGAUGAACAAUUUCAACUUCUUUUUGAAAAAGUUAAAAUCGAAAUGCAGAACCAAGCCGUUUCUAUAUCCAAUACAAUAAUGGAUAGAAUAGACGAAAAACUAAAACUCCUCUUAGAGGAAAACAAAAAGUUAAUAUUUAAAGUUGAAAACUUGGAAAAGAAGAUAGAGUUUUUAGAAAGAGACAAGAAAGGCAACAACAUUAUAAUAUAUGGUUUGAAAGAAGGGGAAAAAUCUACAAGAGAACUUAUAGAGAAUGCGAAAAAUAAAUUCCAAAAGGAAUUAAAUUUAGUCUUAGAGGAUUACGAUAUAAAUAAAAUCUAUCGCAUUGGAAAACCAAACAAAGGCGACAAACCGAGACCUGUACUUUUCUCCUUCACUUGUGGAUGGAAAAAGAACGAAGUUUUGAAAAAUAGAAAAAAAUCUAAGGAACUAUUUGUCGCGGAGGACUUCUCUAAAGAAAUUCUAGAAAAGAGGAAGGCAUUAUUACCACAACUGAUAGAAGAACGAAACAAAGGGAAUAUCGCCUACUUAAAAUUCGAUAAACUCAUAGUCAAGGAAGGUACAAAAGCCAAGGAAAAUAGAAAAAGGGAACUUUCAGUUUCUCCGCUAACUAAUGUACAGCCAAAGAAACAACAAACUGCCUCCUUUUCGAGGAACAACCGAGCGAAUGCAUUUGACUUGAUGAGGAAUCGGUCCAACUCCCUUACAACCUACCUAACAGAUAAAAAAUAGCAAUCAGUUAUCGGCGAACGGAAACUAAA